AGCUAUUGCAGCGGUUGCAAUAUCGGCAAAUUUAUCAAUAGGAGAAAUCAUGUCAGCAGGUAUUGGUGUUGGGUCAAUGAUACUUAUUCUUGGUAUCACUAGAACUAUUAAAAUCAUCGAAAAAUGGACACCUAUUCCAGUUGUCAGGGGUAUUCAAUUGGGAGCGGGCGUAACGCUGAUAAUAAAAGCUGCUGAUAUGGUUCGAAAAAGUAGUGGUUGGGGUGGUAGUUCUUGGAAAUGGAAUGAUAAUUAUGAAUGGGCUAUUCUAUCGUUCAUAUUCGUAUUCACAUUUUAUUCAUCAAAAAGAGUACCGUCAGCACUAAUUCUAUUCAUUGUUGGGCUAAUAAUCGCCUUAAUAAAAGUUUUUAGAUCUGACAGUAUAUUACCAUCAGCCUCAUUUAAUUAUCCUGAAGUUAUUGUCCCAACUUUAGAAGAAUUUAAAGUCGGAUUUCUUAGUGCAUCUCUUGGUCAACUUCCACUGACAGCUCUCAAUUCUGUUAUCGCAUUAGCAGCAUUAGCUAAUGAUUUGUUCCCGGAACGUUCCUCAUUGAAUACUGUUGGAAGAAUUUCAAUUUCCAUCGGACUUAUGAACAUUAUUGGAUGUUUUUUCGGCUCUACCCCAUAUUGUCAUGGAUCGGGUGGACUGGCUGGACAAUACCGUUUCGGCGCAAGAUCCGAAGUUAGCAUUUUGAUUCUUGGAUUUUUUAAAUUGAUUCUUGGGAUAUUAUUUGGAAAGACUUUAACUAGUCUUUUAAAUUAUUUUCCCAUGUCAAUUCUCGGUUUAAUGCUCUUUGUUUCUGGAGCAGAAUUAUCAUCUGCAGCACGAAAUUUCGUGAGAAAAGGUGAUCAUGAUGAUGAUGAGACAAAAAAGAAGAAUUUUACCCUAGUGAUCGUAACAGCAGGAUUAUUGGUCGGCUUCCAAAAUGAUGGAAUUGGAUACAUUGGUGGUAUGCUGGUUAGCCUUCUGUUCUUUAUUACCCACUAUUUCCAGCAUCGCCGAUCUAGUGACUGAUCUUUAAAAACUUUAAUUUGUACAACACAAUCAUCCACAUAUAUACAGUAAAUACACACUCAGUUAAUCAGAAACUUUAUUAUUUUUGUUUACAUGAUGUAAAAAUGCUAAACUUAAACUUGUAAAUAUUAUUAUGUUCUAGCGCUUAGUAUUCCCUUCCAACUUUAGAUACAACAUAUUUGAUAUU